AUGCCGAAGCAAGAUGAAGACAUGACCCCUUUGAUGGUAGAUGAAGGAGCUCUUAAUGCGUAUUAUGAGAAGGUCCACCCUAUCCUUCCCGUCUUACCAAACUCAAAAGACCGUCUCCUAGCACAACUGCAUCAAUGCACUCGUGAAGUGCAGGAAAUCUUUCUGUACAGUCUAUACACCUUGACACGCGUCAACAUUGAUCGGGUUACCGGUACCUUCGAAAGAGUUACAUCUUACGAUAAUGCGCAAGAUCUUCUUCUCUACUACACUCGGCAGCCGGCCCUGGUCCGAUCAACAGGUGUGAAUCUGAUAUGGCUCCAAAGCAUGCUCCUUAUGAUCCUUGAUUGCGACUCGCGCGGGCCUGAUAACUUUGUUCUAAAAGACGGCAUACCGAAGCAUACGCUGCUCCAGUCUGCAACGAAGCUCGGCUCGGAUUUAGUGAAGAGCCUUGGGCAGUUGAAGUCUAAGCGCUCCUCGGAUCCUGACAUCGACUCAGAAGCGAACCUCGCCAGGAGAAAUUGGGUAUCUUUGAUUAUCUUAACGCGAUGGUACGCCAUCAGUGUCGCUGACACUGGCAUCCUUGGAACCUCUGACAUAGGUGGGCGCGAAGAUGAAAGAGUAUUGGGCGGGGUGACCGCUGGGAUCGCCUCAUACUCCUCGUUCUUGAGUGAAAUGGUGACCCUAGCAGCGACCGAGCAUAACGUUUGCCAGACUAACACUGGGAUCGGACGCGUGGUUGGCGCAAACUUGGCAGCGUCCCUUGAGCGCCUGUCUGGAAUCGACGAUUUUCAUAGAACACCUGAGGCUGACUUAAACGGCCAAUCUAGGGGCUUUGUUGAAAGCUUGCAGAACCAACUUUAUUGGACUACUCGGUUACUGAUCAAGCGACACAUCUUUGUUCACAGCCCAUACGAGAUUGUGUACAGUGCCGAAGAGGUCGUCAACGAAUUGUACAAGGCCAGCGCGCAAUCGCGUCAGACGACCCCUUUUGAUAUCCACAGUUUGGCUCUGGCAACGAUGACUCUUCUCGAAGCGUCGGUUCUACCGGAGUACGCCAACGAAUGCUGGGAAUCGCUUGCAAAGGUAGAAGAGAUUCUCGAUCAGCGGGAGAAACGGGCUAUAGGGCCCUCAGAGUUUGGUGACAUCUUCCACACUGAGAGCUGGGAUGCUAAGAUUCGCCUUUUCCUCGAAUGGCGACGCACCAAGUCACAGGAAUCUCAAUUCCACGAUCCCAGCUUGGGCAAAGUUGGCUCUUCAGCGCCGCCUGUUGUAGGACCAAACGAACAGCGCUCUCUGCAGCACCUCGCGGAUCUCGCCGUGGGCGCCGAGGGAUCAGUUGCCGCAAAUGCGUCGCCUCCACCCCCAUCGUCAAUUCCUCCGGUUGAUGAGAUAACAAGCGGACAGAACCUUGCAUCCGCCCUGCCACCACAGGGCCGCAUCGCUGUUGACUUUACUCUCCUUACAAAGGAGGGAUAUCUCAACGUAUUUUCCGGCUUGAUCUAUCGUCGGCCUCGCUAA